UGCUACUUCUAGCUAGCUGAAUCAAUGGAACACGGAGGACUCCGUUACCAGACGAGACAGCAUUUCGGUGGAUCGUCGUCGAAAUCCAGGAAGAGAUUAUCUGGCCAAUGCUGGGUGUCUAAGGCCUUUGAAACGCAUAGAAGACGAAUAUCUCUUGGUGGAGGAUAUCAUCAUGUUUCAGGUGGUUCAUCGAGUCAGUGCAGCACUUCAAAGAUUCAGGGAGGGGAUGAAGACCCUUGGUGUUCUUGAUGCAAUAAGAAUGCCCCCAGAUGCUUUCGGACCGCUGUCUUGUCACGAGCCAUCUCCACUCACAGCUGAUGUACUAGAACAGCUCUUUGAAAUUCGACUGUCAGCAGUGGGCAGCAACAAAAGAAGGGCAGAGGAAUGUGUGGUUGCAUUUUGGAGGGACUACCUCGCGGAUGUUGAGGAACAAGAGGGACCCUUUGGGGGUAUCCUGGCCUUUGCGACGGGAGCAAAUGAUAUUCCACCCCUGGGCUUCUUCCCACUACCUUCAGUGGUUUUUCUCCAUGAGCUGCCCCUCAGACAAGACCGUCAUUUACCCACUACAAACACAUGCAUUAACUGCCUGCAGUUGCCAGUCCUGAACAAAUUCGAGGAUUUUAAGGAAACAAUGGAUUUUGCAUUAAAAAACACUCAGGGAUUUGGUCAGGAAUGACUUCCGAGAACUCCUUAACGGUCAGUGUAUGUUUUGGUCAUUCGAUUUUCAUUUCAUUAACAGGUAUUAAAAAAACAAAAAAAAUGAAUGGUUAUUUGAUUUUUGUUUUAAAAUACAAAAUUUGAAAUUGAAAUACAAGGUGUUUUUUCCUUUCCAUGUCAAAAGGGAAUGUGAAAAUUUAAUGAAAAAAUGCCAUUUUUUUCAUAUUCUGAGACCGUAUGUUGCAUUUCCAAUGUGGUAGCACUUCUCUUAAUACAUCCAUGAGUAGCACCGGUGUAGCCUACCAGUUUUGCUUUAACCCAGGCUGCAGUUGAGGGAAACUCUAGCCCAUUUAUGCACUUCUUUACAUAAAUAUACAUUAA